GCUGGGCCUCGGAGGUGGUGGCCUUCAAGCUAGGGAGACAGCUGUGAUUCUACAGAACCCACACUUCCCCUUCUCCCUCUCUUUCCCUUCGUCCUGGGGAAGGAGCCCAGAGCUGUUGCCAAGGAACUGGGCAUGUGCCCACGGGGCCUGAGGGUGGGUGGACAAUGUUGCAGACCAGUAACUACAGCCUGGUGCUGUUGCUGCAGUUCCUUCUGCUGUCCUAUGACCUCUUCGUCAACUCCUUCUCGGAGCUGCUCCGCACAGCCCCUGUCAUCCAGCUGGUGCUCUUCAUCAUCCAGGACAUCGCCAUCCUCUUCAACAUCAUCAUCGUUUUCCUCAUGUUCUUCAACACCUUCGUCUUCCAGGCCGGCCUGGUCAACCUGCUGUUCCACAAGUUCAAAGGGACCAUCGCUCUGACGUUUGUCUACCUCGCCCUCAGCAUUGCCCUUCAUGUCUGGGUCAUGAACUUGCGCUGGAAAGACGCCAAGCGCUUUGUCUGGACAGAUGGACUCCAGACGCUGUUUGUCUUCCAGAGACUAGCGGCUGUGCUGUACUGUUACUUCUACAAGCGCACGGCGUUACGGCUGGGCGACCCACGAUUCUACCAGGACUCGCUCUGGCUACGAGAGGCUUUCCUGCAAAUCCGAAGGUGACCAUCUCUGUUCCUGCCGGAUGUCACAGCCACUGUGGUGCCUGCUUGGGCCAGAUCAGCUAACGCUUGGCCCCAGAGCCAGCUGGUCUGCUCACUUGUGUUCAGCUUCAAGGAGUUGACCCCCAGGGUCCGGACAGAUAGCACAGUGGGUAGGGCAUUUGCCUUGCCACGGCCAACCUGGGUUCACACCCGGAAACCAAAAUGGUCCUCCAAGCCUGCUAGGAGUGAUUUCUGACCCAAAAACAAAACAAUGGAGGAGACCCCAGUGCAGAAUCCCCUCCCUUCUCC